GGUCAUCUUGACUUUCUACCUUGACCUGUCGGACAGCGUUGACGCUGGGCAAGGAGGCACCAUCAUUGUCGAUCUCGAGGGGCCGUUGGGGUUUGAGUUCGAGGCCCAAUGCUUGUACAACGGGUACAGCGCAUUCAGGAAGUGCAUCGGCCAGGACACUGUUGCCGAGCUGACGACCCAGAGCACGCAGCUGGCCGGUGACCCCGUCAAGGUCGAGCUGCUGGGGAUCAACCCAGAGUACACGCCAGAGGUGAACGAGUGGACCGCGAAGCUGUACACGAACGAUGCAAUCCAGUACGAGCGGUACUCCGUUGCGGAGGGCUACGAUAUCGCUACGAUGCCCGUCACGUACAAGGGAAACAACCAGAUCGGGGAGCCUGCCACUGGCUUCUUCACCUUCACGCCGAACAGAGCCUCCCCGACGGCGAAGGUGUACGUUGUGGUCACUCCGCCGCCAAACCAAGGCUACAACAUCAUGUGCACCGGGCCCAGCGGCAGCGGGGUGGAGCCGCUCGGCUUCGUGCUGAUGCCGGAGUGCACCGCAGGCGGCGCCAACCAGCCGCUGACGCUCAUGUGGGAGAACGCCUCCAUCGUCGCGGGUGCCGCCUACACCUUCGGCGUGUACAUGGUCAACCCCGGCGGGGUACCCGACCCGAGCCAGAACUACUUCGGCGUGUCCCUGCAGUACGAGACCGAGACCGUCCCGCAGGCCUUCGACGCCAACAUGCAGGUCCCCGGGCUGGACCUGAAGACCCUGCCGCUCCGCAUGCGGAACCCGGGCAUGGCCUGGUCCAGCUCCGCUUCGCAGGUGCUCGCCACAGUCCUGCUGCAGGUAGACUUCCUCCUCGCGCUGACGGCGGGUUACAUCUCGCAGAUAGAGAUUCAAGCACCCGCGGGCAUCAUGUACACUGUGGACACCAGCGCGGUCAAGGUCACCCGCAACUAUUUGCCGCUGGAAGUGGCCGAGCCCGUCACGUUUGCAGGGGACCUGCUGCUCCUCAACCUAGACGAGUCGCAG